AGCCGCUCGCCUCUACACUUUUCCACCCAUCUUAUCCUAACCCUGGACCAUCUGUCAGAGCGCACAUAGUGUGUUGCGAGACGGGUCUCUGCACGCCACUCCUACCAUUUCAUCUCCCCGUCUUUCUGUGACCCGUCUUGUAUCUCAACAAGCGGCUGUCGCAGCUGAAGCAUCUGCAAGGUUUUGCCCGUCGUCUCACUGGGCCUUGCACACCUAAUUUCGAGAACGGCACCUUUUCUUGAGUCGCCGCGGUACUCUUAGCGCGGUGCAGAAUGGCGGACGAUCAUCGCAGACCCCCAGGUGAUCCGCCGCGAGAAAGCCCUGACAACAUGCGGUAUCCACCACCGCCUGAUAGUGAGCCUCAAAGACGGCUUGCUCCAAUCGCUCAGGAUGGCGCGCCGCUACCUGGAAUGGCGUAUCCGGCCCCGCCUCCGGCUUACCAGCCGGAUCCACGUUACCCGGAACGGGGUUAUGCGCCAGAUCCAAGAUACCCGCCAGACCCAAGGGGCUGGGCACCGGAGCCUCCAGCUCCGAACGGCUACCAUCCUCAGCCGGACCCGCGGUAUCCUCCCCCGUUCCCCGCUCAACAACCCGCUGGUUAUGACGACCGGAGGCCGUAUGACGACAGGAGGCAGUAUGAGGAUCGACGGCAGUACGAGGACCGGAGACUGUACGAGGAGCAGAGGCAGUACCCAGACCGCCGGCCCUAUCCUGACCCGUAUUACGAUCCGCCAGCAGUGGUUCAGGCUAGAGGCGGCCCAUAUGUCCCGGGCUCCGACUACUACAGGUUUCCGCCGGCGCCCUACCCUUACAACAUGGGCCCUCCGCCACCGCCUCCCCCAGCCCAGCAACAAACCGCACCGAGACAGAGGACGUCAAUCGCCUGCCGGUAUUGCAGGAAGCGGAAGAUCCGUUGCAGCGGUUAUACCCACACACAAAACGGCAAAUGCACCAACUGUGACAAGCUUCGAAUUGACUGCAUUUUCCAACCUGUGUCUUCAAAUUCAUCCGCGGCCUUUGUUCCUGUAUCAGCUGUUCCGGGCGGAGUGCCACCGGGAACUCCGCUCUACGGGGCUUACGGUCAGCCCUUGCCUCCCGCGAGCGCCCCGGCAGCACCGCAACCACUGCAAUCACUGCAACCACUGCAACCACCGCAACCACCGCAACCACUGCAACCACCACCGCAACCACCCGCUUACCAGUACCCGCCACCGCCUGAUUUCAACGCGCCAAUGAAUUCGCCCACGGGACCAUAUCCCGCUUACGACGACAAAGACCUUGGACGCCGGCGGACACGGCCCUCAGAAGAGGAGCACCUAUCGCGGCCUCCUCCGCCGAACUACCCUCCUGACGAUGACCCUCGUAGACGAUCUCCCGUCUCGAUGAACAGCAGUAACGUCACGCCACCGGGACCUUAUUAUCAAUAUCAGCAGAGCCCUUAUGGCCGGGACAGACCGCCGACUCCCAAGCAAACAAGUCCCGGCCGUCCCACGCCACCGCAGCUACCAUUGCAGUCGCCGCCAGCUCCGCCAUCUCAGGUGCAGCAGCCGCAGUCCCAACUUCCGACCCAACCACGUCCUCCACCACAACCGUCUUCCAGCAGUUAUUCAAACCCUAUGAGCCUCAAUAACCUGAUGACGCCUUCUGCGCCAAAUGACAUUGAUCGGAGCAUGUUAGGACGGUUGAACGGGCGGUCAUGAUAUCUGCAAAUACCGAACAUUCUGUGCUGCAAUAGCGGGUUAAUAAGC